AUGAACAGCCUUUCUGUCAUUCUUCAAAAUGCAAUGGUCAAUCUUAAGACGGGAGAAAUUAACAUCAGCAAAAAUUGCGAAGAAAUUGCGCAAAAUGUUUGCUUGGCAUUUUGUUGUAGCAUUCUGCACGUGUUAUGUCAACCUAGAAUUUUGGUCCAAGAAAGCGUCCUUGAUGCCGUCCACAUAGCACUGAAUAGGACUUCCUUUCAACCCGCAAUCAGCCGUCCAUCAGAAAGCAUCAUGACGAACCUCUCCACUGCAUUUGACCAGGACCCAGUAUCCUUAAUGACCGCAUCUACAUCCUUCGAUUCUACGAGCCCAGUGCAACCUCCAUCUCGAGGAAAUACCCUAUGCGAACAAUAUAAUGAUUGUCGCAGUUCGGGAAGUUGUUCCUCAACCGGGCACAAAAUGGAAUGGAUGAUGACGUCGGAACCAGUCGUGUACUGUAAAGCCGAAGGCGUGCAGCUUGCAGAUACUGGGAAUUCCGUUCCAACAAAGACAUUCGAAGAUCCCAGUAACUUCUGUUCAAAGUCUUUAGAGGUUCUUGGUGUCCCUCAGUUUAUUCUGAUUCCAGCCGGAGAACACAGAAGAACCGAAUUCAGUAUUCAUCCGGCCCAUUUACGUCCAUUAUCGAUCCAGGAGUGCUUCGAUCACAUUGUUGCCUGUGAACAAGAACGCAAACGACGUCUAUGCUCUGCACCUUACAAUGAAGGAUAUUCUUGUGGGCGCGGUUUGAUGGCAUCGUUGAGUUUUGUAAUGUGCCAGGCAUCUGGAAUACUCCUUGACACUCUGGUUCCCAGUAUCCAACACCUUCGCCAGCUGGAGCGCUCAAAGCAGCUUUCAGCUGUAUUGCGACAAAAUACCUUGGAAUAUUCUAGUUUGGAAAGCCGUGAUAUUACACCUAAUGAAUCACAUGGAAACAACGACUCACCUCAAAAUCGCACCAAGUCCAAUUCAGCUGCAACCAUUACUGAGGAA